AUUUCAACCAUAUUUAUGCUACAUUACGCAUCCUUAAGCAGUGGGACUUUAUCAUUCAUAGUGUUCUAUAUGGUGAUGUUUCAGAUUAUGGAGGAUACACGACUAAAAGAGAUUGCAAAACAUUUGGUCACUGACGUCAUCCAGAAAGCCACGGAAUAUGUCCGGGCAGAAAGGGAAGAAAUGGCGGAAAUGACCAGCCAACUGGACAAGGGUGUUGACGACAUAGUUCAACUGACCAUCGGACAGUCCAUCACGGCCAUUCGUAGUGGGCAAAUAUCACCAACUGACCACAAGGUGGCAGAAAUGACGGGUCAACUGGAUAAGGAUGUUGACGAUAUAGUUCAACUGACCAUCGGACAGUCCAUCACGGCCAUUCGUAGUGGGCAAAUAUCACCAACUGACCACAAGAUGGCAGAAAUGGCGUGUGAACUGGAUAAGGAUGUUGACAAUAUAGUUCAACUGACCAUCGGACAGUCCAUCACGGCCAUUCGUAGUGGUCAGAUAUCACCGACUGACCAGAAGAUGGCCGAAAUGACGGGCCAACUGGAUAAGGAUGUGGACGAUAUUGUAAGUGGAACCAUUGGGCGGUCAAUCACAACCAUCCGUAGUGGUCAAACGUCACCAACUGACCACAAGAUGAGAAGCAGGGAGAUAACGGCAGAGGCGACAGAGCCAAGAACCGGAAAUGACGCCGGAUUACAAAAGGCAAAAACCUACCCAAGUGGCAAAGAUCACGAAACCGGGGUUCCGCCGAUCAUCACUCAGAAUAAAGCUGCAGGCAAAGUGAAGAAAACAUUUUUCGAACGUCAGCUGGACAGACUUCUCGGGAGAGAAAAGAAAAAUGAAAAGAAGUUGAAAACAGAAUUUCACGAAAGCACCCCUAGUGGAGGAAGUAGGAAACGUCCAACAAAGGCCCAUAACAAAAGGGAUUGGAUCCUUAAAAACAUCCUUUGCUGUUUUGUCCGCCAGACGGCGACAGUGGAGCCCAUUGAUGACUAAACAGAAGAUUUGUGUAACGAAAAGUUACUAACACAUUGGAUAUUUCAAAACUUGGCAUUCGUAGCAAAAUGUCAGAGGAAAUCGGAGAAGACAGCGAUAUACGGUAUCAGGCGAACAACAAGGAGUUGUAAACUUUAUAUCUGAAAGGCUACGAGGAAAUAUUGUCAAAAAGAGAUAAAAAU